UGUGAAUGUGUGUCUAAAUAGUUUGCAUACAAUUGGAUGCACACUAUAAUUGAAUUUCAAUAUUAAUAUUAAUACUCAAGUGAUUGCCAGUCAAUACUGAUUGAAAUGAACGGACAGUUGACUCGUAAACUGUUGGACACUAACAAAGUGCCCAAAUCUCGAGUGGAACUACACCUGCAUUUGGGAGGUUCUGUGCGAUUAUCCACUGUAUGGGAGUUGUGUCACAAAAAAGGCAUCAAAUUGACACCAAAUGGCACUUUCAAUGAACUCAUGGAGUAUUGUGUGAUUAAAAAGCCGGGAAAGUUAGCCGACUUCUUGAGUAUUCUGCAACAUUACGGCAAGUUUAUUGUUGGAGACCCGGAUGCUCUCGAGCGGUGCGCGUAUGAGAUAUGCGAAGAUGAGGCCAAAGAAGGGGUCUUUUACUUCGAGUUGAGGACUUCCCCACAUCUCGGCUCUAAUACCGUCAAGAAAGGGAACAACAGUCCCAUUGUGGCGGCCAAUCAUCCCGAUGCCUGUCCACCCAAACUAGUGGUCGAAUCCGUUCUCAGAGGUCUUAAGAGAGGACAACAAGACUUCGGAAUUCGCGCGACACUCAUACUGUCGUGUGUCUGCGGUUUCCCCGAAUGGAGUGAAGAAGUGCUACAAUUGGCACAAGAGUUCAAAGACAAAGGCGUUGUUGGCAUUGAUAUCGCCGGACAGGAAGACAUGAACCCAUUGUCCACUCAUAGCUUCACUCCGAACGAAGUGAUGGCUUUCACGGCCGCCAAAGAGUUAGGGAUUCACCGCACAGUUCACGCGGGAGAGGCCGGACCGGCGGCUAAUGUGGAGUUCGCGUUGGACUCGAUGUUUGCCGAACGCAUUGGACACGGAUAUAGUGUCAUCUAUGACGAGGACAUGUAUAAGCGAUGUCUGAGGGAUGGCGUGCACUUCGAGGUCUGUCCCUAUUCUAGUUAUUUCACGGGUUCUAUACGUCCGGACAAUAGAAACCCAAUCGUUGUGUUCGCCGAAGACGGCGCCAACUUCUCCAUCAGUAAAGACGAUCCGACCGUUACGGCCGUCACUCUGGACCAGGAGUACGACUAUUGCCGACAAUUGGGCUUAAAUGAGGUCCACAUCACGCGAGCCAAUUUCAAUGCAAUGAAAGCAUCGUUUUUACCACAAAAAGAAAAGGAUGAGCUCUUGAGACAACUCUACUCUGUUGGUGACGCCGAUAUACUCGAGAGAAUCGCAUAUGAAUUAUGUGAAGACGAGGCAAAAGAAGGGGUUCUGUACUUCGAGGUUCGGAUGUCACCCCAACUGUCCUCCAAUACAGUGGAGAACGUGUGGAGAGAAGAGGGAAACUUCAGCGAAGAUAUACCCACAGAAAAGUACACACAUCCCGCCAACCCAUGCACUCCUAAUCAAGUGAUCGAAAGUGUGUUAAAGGGUCUGAAGAGAGGGGAACAGGAGUUCGGAGUUUACUCUUCACUUAUACUCUCGUGUAUGACUCAAUUCCCCGAAUGGGAUAAAGAAGUGCUAGAAUUGGUGCAACAGUUUAGAGAUAAGGGUGUCGUUGGCAUUGAUAUAGCGGGUCCUGAGAACAGACACUCAACGGUAACGCAUUCGUUCAAUGAGGAUGUGAUCAAUACGUUCACGAAGGCAAAGGAGUUGGGUAUUCAUCGGACAGUCCACGCGGGAGAAGUGGGACCCGCUGUUAACGUUGAGUUCGCUGUGGAGCGCCUACACGCCGAGCGAAUAGGACACGGGUAUAAUGGUGUACUCGAUAGCAAUGUGUACCUGAAGUGUUUGGCUCAAAACAUUCACUUCGAGACGUGUCCGCACUCCAGCUAUUUUACGGGUGGUGUCGACCCAUCGGUCAGACACCCGAUCCUCAAACUGGCCGAAGAGGGCGCCAACUUCUCCAUCAAUAAAGACGAUCCGACGGUAUUUGACUGCACUCUUGACGCCGAAUACAGAUUCCUCACUAAAUUGGGAUUAAAUGAACUCCACUUCACUCGAGCCAAUAUAAAUGCUUUGAAAUCAUCGUUUUUACCACAACUACGAAAGGAUGAACUUCUGCAACAACUUUACGCUACGUAUGGAUUCAUUUGA